ACUGUGAUGGGGUAGCUAUAUGGGUUGGAAUGUAUAAUUUUUGCCCGCCGCCAGUAUAUUAUUAUGAAUAAAUUGUCAUUUUACUGUAAGGUUUUCAAAAUGGAACAAGAGACGUCGAUCGGUCGGUCUGUAAACGCUUAAUAGUAGAAAUCCGUUUCUGUUUGCUCCAAACAAUUCAACAUUUAAUACACGAAAACAAUAAAAAGGUUUUUCUUUUCUUUGCUCGCUCGCUCGACACACAAACACAGUGUGUGUUUAUUUUGUUGUGAUUGAUGUGCAAACGUUUUAAUCAUCAAACUGGGAAACUGUAUGGAUUCGGAUUCAGACACUGUGCUGAAAGGAGCUGUCAAAGGUGACAAAGUCAUGCCAGUGUUAUAUUUUUUGCCGCCCAGUCCACCUUGUAGAGCUGUCAUGAUGCUCGCACGUAUGAUAGAUGUAAAUUUUGAAUUGAAACCGGUUAAUGUUAUGGAACAGGAGCAAUUUAAGCCGGAAUUUGUGGCGAUAAAUCCGCAGCAUUGCAUUCCGACAAUGGACGAUACAGGACUUGUGUUAUGGGAAAGUCGAGCUAUUAUGACUUAUUUGGUGUCGGAAUAUGCAACCGACGACUCAUUAUAUCCGAAAGAUGUGAAGGUUAGAGCUCUUGUCGAUCAACGAAUUCAAUUCGAUUUGGGUACAUUGUAUGCUCGGAUGACCGACUACUACUUCCCCACUAUGAUCAUGGGUGCGCCCUUGGAUGAAACGAAAAAAGCUCGCUUGGACGAAGCUUUGGGUUGGUUCGAUGUUAUGCUAAAAGGUCGAACAUGGUGUGCUGCUAACUCUCUCACCGUUGCCGAUAUAACAUUGUUGGUGACCGUUUCGCAAAUCGAAGCAAUGGAUUUCGACAUAAAACCGUAUGCAAGAGUUGCGAUAUGGUUGAAUCGAUGUAAAGGUGCUUUGGAGGCGUAUGGUUAUGAGGAAAUAAAUCAAACUGGCUGUGAUGUUUUAGCGAGCUUAUUUAGAUCUAAACUUAAAUAAUUUGGUUGUCAUGUUUGCUCCGUUCACUCUUUGUUGACUCAUUUUAAUCACUGUUGGUUCACACAACAAUGCGAAAUUGAGUGAAAGUCUUUUGUGUUGCGAUCAUAUUUUAUUGAUCUGUCGAUUUCGCAUCUACUGUUGCAUUUUUCUCGAUUGAUUUGAUUGAAUUUUGAAAAUAUAACAGCGAAUUCGAAAAGACUUAUUGUAAACAAUGACAUAAGGUGCACAUAAAGCAGAAAUGAAGUGUUGAUUGGUUUUU